AUGGGGGCUGCGCGACUGUUUGGCGUCCUGAGCAGCAGCAGCAGCAGUGGCGGCGGCGGCGGCAUCAGCAGCAGCACUAGCGGGGCGGCGGGGGCAGCGGGGGCAGGAGCGCCGCAGCAGCAAGCGAAGCAAGGCAGCGGAGGCGGCAGCAACAGCAGCAGCAUCAAGUGUCAGCAUUCUAAGGGGCUGGGUAGCAGGAACAUGCACGCCAGUUUGCAUGCAGAGAAGGCCAAGCGCGCAGCACGUGCUGCCAAAUUUGGCCGGCAGCAGACCCUGGUGUAUGCACCUGACCCCGAGGAAAUGAGAAAGGCGGAGCGUGCGGCCAAGUUUGGGACCAGCUACCACGCAGACGGCGCUCUCAUGGACAUGGACUUGUUCGAGGAGCGCACCGACGCGCCGGUGGACGCUCCGCGCCGCCCUGACGCAGUCUACCUGUACGGCAUUGACGUGAUGAGCACGGCUGACGUGAAGGCCUACUUCGGGGACUAUGGGCCGAAAUUCGUGGAGUGGAUAAACGACUCAUCGUGCUGCGUGCUGUUUGCGGAUGCGGCAUCGGCGGCGCGUGCCAUUGUGGGCACAGGUCAUCCGCUGCCGCCAGAACAGCAGGCGCCGGACGCCAGCGGCCAAGCAGGCCUUGACCCCACCUCAAUAGAAAGCUUGCCCUACCUGUGGCACAAGGGCCGCGACUUCAUGAAGGGAGGGACCCCUGUCACCCUCAUGUACAGGAUGGCGACGCUGGCUGACAAGAAGGACACGAGCGCCCCCCGCCGCAGCCGGUACCUCUGGAAGGACACAGCCAGCGGCGGCAGCAGCCGUGGCGGGCGCCGCAAGCGCGCUCAGGCCGGUGACGACUAUGAUGGCGGCCAACACAGCCGCACCGGCGCCGGGGCCAACGGCGCAGGAGCCAGCGACGGCAUGGACGGAUACGAGGAGUAUGGCGGCGACGACGGCAACGGCAGCGGUGGUGACGCGGCGAUGCGGCGAGGCAGGGGCGAGCGUGGCGGGCAGCAGCUUCGGCGGCAGCGGCGAAAGCGUGUAAAGCAGAUUGACGGCAGCUACCGGGACGUGGACAUGCAGGAUGCAGAGGGCAGUGAUGCGGCAGUCGAUGAGGGCGAUGGCGGCGAAGCCGUUGCAACGGCGGCUGCGGCGACGGCGGAGCGCUUUGGGGUGUCAGACCUGCGCGAGUUGCUGCGGCGCAAGGGCGGGGGCAGCGGCGCCGCUGCAGCUGGGGGUUUGAGGGCCGCUGAGGAGGAGCGCAUCGACCGGCUGGGGCCCGACGCGUUUGAGGAGGUGGCGGUCGUGGCGGACGACGAGGCGGAGAAUGGCGGCGGUGGCAGCUAG